AAACCUCGCAUAUAAUUUCUAGCUCGCUCGCAAUGCUGGCCGAAGGGUUUAAAUGGCUCUACGAGAGCACACGACGCAAUCUUCACGUCCUCUUUCACAUCUUGAUGAGCUAUCAGUUCUUUCGCUGGUUCAUCGAUUUCUAUAUGCAAAUAAAGGCGCCAAAUGGCGAUUUGCCGCAACAGCAGCAUCAGCUCCAACGUCGCUUAGAUUUUGAUAAGGUGCUGCAGGAAGACGAUAGCGGGCACGUGGAUGUGGUUGAGGCAACAGUCAAGAUUAGUGCAAGGCAACUUAAUGCUACAACAACAAUGGGGAAUGCAGGCAGCAACAAGGCCAAAAAAAGAUUAUCAUUAGAAAAACGCCACAGUGAGAUCGGAAGAAUGAGCAAGGAUACAGAAACGUAUAGCAUACCCAUACGCGAGGGCUCAGAUGCAGAGCAUGUCCUGUACAGAUUGAAGCGCGGGUGCAAGCUGUGUGUGCAUCCUGACGCAUCCCUGCUAGGUCGUAAGAUAGUGCUUUAUACCAACUAUCCAGCGGAGGGUCAAAAGUUUGUGCGCACAGAGUAUCGCACGUUGGAUUGGCAGUUGAAGACCGGCAAACAGAUAACGUCGUUAGGGCAUCGCGAGGUCCGAGUGGUGGACACUGAUAUCUACAACGAACUACAACUAAAUAUAUCUGGCACAUUUCACUUCUACUUCGCCUAUGCCGACGGUGAAGUGGACUCAUCCACGCCAGCAAAUGGUGCGCUUUACGUACAAGUGGAGCCCACCCUGCAUGUAGGACCGGCAGGUGCCCAGAAAAUCAUACCGCUGGACUCGGUGCGCUGCCAAACCGUACUAACAAAACUUCUAGGACCGUUGAACACGUGGGAGGCCAAGCUACGAGUGGCGAAGGAGUCGGGGUACAAUGUCAUACAUUUUACCCCAAUACAGGAGCUUGGCGGGUCGCGGUCUGGCUAUUCGUUGCGCGAUCAACUUAAGGUCAAUUCGCAAUUUGCCAGCAAAAAAGGUGCCAAGGUUACAUUUGAGGAUGUGGAGAAAGUCAUUAAGAAGUGUCGUCAGGAGUGGGGUAUCGCCUCUAUUUGCGAUAUUGUGCUCAAUCACACGGCCAACGAAUCUGAAUGGCUGCUGAAGCACCCGGACGCCACAUAUUCUUGCGCCACCUGCCCGUAUCUACGGCCCGCGUUUCUGCUGGAUGCGGCGCUCGCACGCUGUGGAGAUGAUAUUGCUGCUGGCCUUUUGGAGCACGUGGGCGUGCCAAAGAUCAUCGAUCAAGAAUGCCAUCUGGAUGCUUUAAAAUACCAACUGCACAAUGCUUACUUGUCUAAGGUUAAUAUUCACGAGCUGUAUCAGUGCGAUGUGAUGCAGUACAUCAAUGAGUUUAUGACACAAAUGCGGAAGCGCGAGCCACCCAAGAACGUGGCUCGAGAGGCGCGCUUCCAGGAAGUCAAGCUUAUACAGGACCCAGCAUAUCGACGCUUGGGCAGCACAAUUGAUCUGGAGCUAGCAUUGGAUAUCUUCAAUGCUUUCCAUGGCGACUGUUUUGAUGAGGAAUCGCGUUUCCGCAAGUGUGCCGAGAACCUGCGUCAUCAUCUAGAUACACUCAACGAACAUGUACGUUCCGAAAUCCAGGACUACCUCAACUAUGCCAUUGGCAAUUGCCUCGCGGGAGUACGCUAUGAGCGUGUCCAAGACGGCGGCCCUCGCGUGAAGGAAAUAUCAGAGAAAUAUUCUGUGUUUAUGAAGUACUUCACACACACCGGAACGCUGGGAAAGUCCCUGCAGGAAAUCGAAGCAGAUAUGUAUGGUGAUGCAGGGGCCUUUUUCAUGGCACAUAAUGGCUGGGUUAUGGGCUCAAGCGAUCCUCUGCGCGACUUUGCAGAAGAACAACCAGGACGCGCAAAUGUCUACUUGAAGCGGGAGCUUAUUUCUUGGGGCGACAGCGUCAAGUUGCGUUACGGCCGCGAACCACAAGACAGUCCCUAUCUGUGGAAGCAUAUGACCGACUAUGUGGAAACAACGGCUCGCAUUUUCGACGGCGUGCGUCUAGACAACUGCCACUCGACUCCGCUUCAUGUGGCUGAGUAUCUGCUGGAUGCAGCACGCAAAAUCAAUCCAGAACUGUAUGUAGUGGCCGAACUAUUCACGAAUUCAGAUGCCACGGACAACGUGUUUGUAAAUCGUCUUGGCAUCACUUCGUUAAUUCGUGAGGCACUGUCCGCCUGGGACGCGCAUGAGCAGGGCCGCCUGGUCUAUCGGUAUGGCGGUGUACCUGUCGGCGGUUUUUACGCUAAUCCCGGUCGCGAUGUUGCCCCUAGUGUAGCACACGCGCUGUUCCUCGAUCUAACACACGACAAUCCCUCUCCGGUGGAAAAGCGUUCCGUGUAUGAUUUGCUACCAUCAGCCGCCCUGGUAUCUAUGGCCUGCUGCGCUACGGGCAGCAAUCGAGGCUACGACGAGCUGGUACCGCAUCACAUACAUGUGGUUGACGAAGAGCGACAAUACCAGGAAUGGGGUAAGGCCGUUGACUUCAACACUGGUAUAGUAGCCGCUAAACGCGCAUUGAACCUACUGCACGGCCAACUGGCGGAAGAGGGCUUCAGUCAGGUAUAUGUGGAUCAAAUGGAUCCCAAUGUGGUGGCUGUUACGCGCCACUCGCCAACAACUCAUCAGACGGUCAUCCUAGUGGCACAUACGGCCUUCGGUUAUCCGCAUCCGAACGCCGGGGCGACUUAUGUGCGACCGUUGCGUUUCGAGGGCGUGCUUGACGAAAUUAUACUCGAGGCUGAUCUAACCAUGAAAAGUGACAAGCCGUUCGAUCGUCCGGCUCCGUUUAAAAAAGACGAGCACGUUCUCAAUGGUUUUACACAGUUUCAGCUCAGUCUUCGAGAGCAUAUACCUCUGAGCAAGUCGCAGGUGUUUGAAACAACGGCUCAUGUUGAUGGCAACAACACUCAGCUUAACUUUACCAAUCUGCGACCUGGAACUGUUGUGGCCAUUCGAGUCUCUAUGCAUCCAGGUCCACGCAGCAGCUUCAAUCGAUUGCAGCAGCUGACAAAUGCUCUACGUCAGGUUCCCGGCACCGAAUCCGACAGUGCUGAACUGCAGGCGAUUGUGUCCAAAUUGGACUUAGUUGCCUUAAGUCGCGCUCUCUUCAGCUGCGACCAGGAGGAACGCGAUCUGGGCGGUUCUGCCUAUGACAUACCCAACUUUGGUGCCAUUGUCUACUGCGGAUUGCAGGGUUUUGUCUCACUGCUUACGGAGAUUUCGCCACGCAACGACUUGGGCCACCCAUUGUGCAAUAAUUUGCGCGAAGGCAAUUGGAUGAUGGACUACAUUGCCGAUCGCCUGCAAAAUAACGAAACGCUGCAUCCGCUCUCAGCUUGGCUAAGAGAGGCCUUUGAGCCUCUUAAAAAUAUACCACGUUACCUCAUCCCCUGCUACUUUGAUACCAUUGUUAGUGGCGUUUACAAUGUCCUAUUGCAGCAGGUUAAUGAACUGAUGCCCAGUUUCAUUCGGGACGGCCACAGCUUUCCGCAGUCUCUGGCCUUGUCCACGUUACAGUUCCUUGCGGUUUGCAAAUCCGCCAAUCUGCCCGGCUUUAGCCACGCCAUUAGUCCACCAAAACCACCAGCUCAGUGCGUCACGUUGUCUGCCGGACUGCCCCACUUCUCCACGGGCUAUAUGCGAUGCUGGGGGCGCGACACCUUUAUUGCUCUGCGCGGCUGCAUGUUCCUAACCGGCCGCUUUAAUGAAGCGCGAUACAUAAUCAUUGGAUUUGGACAGUGCUUGCGUCAUGGAUUGAUACCCAACCUGUUAGACAAUGGCACCAAGCCGCGCUUUAAUUGUCGAGAUGCUGUCUGGUGGUGGUUGCACAGCAUAAAGCAGUAUGUGGAGUCAGCACCAAAGGGCACUGAAAUACUGAAAGAUAAGGUGUCGCGCAUUUUCCCUUACGAUGAUGCCGAGGCACAUGCGCCGGGGGCCUUCGAUCAGCUGCUACACGACGUUAUGCAAGAAGCGUUGCAGGUGCACUUUCAAGGUCUGCAGUACAGAGAGCGCAAUGCCGGGCACGAGAUCGAUGCUCAUAUGGUGGAUCAGGGGUUCAACAAUCACAUUGGCGUGCAUCCGGAGACAGGUUUUGUGUUUGGAGGCAAUAAUGCGAACUGCGGUACUUGGAUGGACAAGAUGGGUUCUUCGGACAAGGCCGGCAAUCGUGGACGUCCUAGCACACCCCGAGAUGGUUCCGCCGUGGAGCUUAUCGGUCUGCAGUAUGCCGUGCUUCGUUUCAUGCAGUCCCUGAGUGAGCGCAAGCUCAUUCCCCAUACUGGCGUGGAGCGCAAGGGCCCGAACGGAGAACAGACAAAAUGGAGCUACAAGGACUGGGCAGAUCGUAUUGAGAAAAACUUUGAAAAGCAUUUCUUUGUCACUGAAACGGAAAAGGCACCCCUUGCUAAUAAGAAGUGCAUCUACAAAGAUACCUAUGGCGCGUCCCAAGGCUGGACAGACUAUCAGCUGAGAUGUAAUUUCCCCAUAACUUUGACCGUGGCGCCGGAGCUAUGCAAUCCGCAAAAUGCAUGGCGGGCUCUAGAAGUUGCAAAACAGCAUCUUCUGGGACCGCUCGGUAUGAAGACCCUUGAUCCUGAGGACUGGAACUACAGAGCCAAUUACGAUAACUCGAACGAUUCGACAGAUUGCACCGUCGCGCAUGGUGCCAACUAUCAUCAGGGACCGGAAUGGGUAUGGCCAAUUGGUUUCUAUUUGCGUGCGCGUCUCAUCUUUGCCAAGAAAUGCGGCUAUCUCGACGAGACCAUAGCCGAGACUUGGGCCAUACUACGAGCACAUCUGCGGGAACUGCGAACCUCGCAUUGGCGUGGACUACCCGAACUGACCAAUGAUCGGGGAGCUUAUUGUAAUGAUUCGUGUCGUACACAAGCAUGGAGCAUUGCCACGGUAUUGGAGGUGCUGUACGAUUUACACGCACUAGGUGCCGAUAUCUAAAGAUGCUGCUUCGAGUUUAAACUCUUAGGAGCAAAGUUGUUGUAAACACAUUAUAUACAUUAACGCAUAUACAUAUAUAUAUAUAUAUAUACCCAACCUCGUUAGUUGCUACCAAAUUUUGUUAUUAAUAGUGUUACAAUUUAUGCUUAGCUAUGGAGAAUAUUUGGAGCCGUAGCUUCAGUCUAUCACGAUUUUUGCUUCUCUAUUAAAGAUGAUGCUGUUCUAAAAUAAA